AUGAAGUCGCUCCUCUCCUUUGCCCUCCCGGGCUCCAAGAUCAGCAGCUCGUCUUCGUCGAGCGGCAGCCAUGUCACCGACGCGCCGCCCAUACCCCGAACCUUCAUCGGCCCGGCCGCCGAGCAUCUCGAGUCGCAGAUGCUCCAACUGUACUGGGCCGGCGUGCAAAAGGAGCUUCCGCAUCUCAUACUUACCCUGCGAAAGUGGCAGCUGCAAGCCAAAUUUGCCGACGCUACGCUGCGCGACGAGCGGGAGCUACUCAUCUACGGCUACGACACCUUCUUGGACCAGGUCAGCCACAGCUCGCGACGCUUCGGCCAGCGCCACACGAAGCUGCGGGAGCGGCAAGGCGCGACUAACACGCCCGCGACCAGCGAGCUGCCCACCUACGAAGAGGCCCUGAAGAAUCGCGGCUGGGACAUGUUUGCCGAGAUGAAGAGCAACAGGAUACGGGAGGAAGUGCGCGAGCGGCUUGAGAAUCGGCCCAUCGACGACUUCAUCCAGCGCCGGGCUCGCAUGCUCCUCCAGGCAGCGCAGUUUCUCGACAUCGACAAGGUCAUCGAGUACCGCGAGCCCGAGAAGCUGCUGACGUUCUGGAAGCGACCCGCACCGCCGCAGGUUGCCGUCUCGUCCAUUGACGACACCAAAAUGCCCGUGUUUCGUCCUCUUCGGUGCACGAGCUGCCACGGCGCCAUCCGAGGGUCACUGUUCAGAAGCGUCCACGACGAGAACAUCGCCGUCUGCGAAAAGUGCUAUCGACGGGAUCACUAUGGGCGCGGAGACUUCACAAAGGAGUACAAGACGUGCUGUCUUCCCAAGGCCAUGACCCGCGACGUGACCCGGCACGUGUGCCACUGCAGUGCUGUACCGCGCAGAGACGGCACCGGAAAGCUGGCCGAGCUGUGGCCGCUCAAGGACGAGUCGGGUGCGCCGCAUGUAAAGGGCGGGAUUGGCAAGCUCAAUUGCGGCCUGUUUGAGCUUGCUGACAUGGUGGCCGAGGCCAAGUACGCCGCCACGCGCAUCAAAGCUGAGCGCGACACGACGCUGGAGGAAGCCAGGAGAGAAGACUCGGUGUUGAUGCGCGAGGUCAUGGAGCUGAAGGGCCCAGAGAAGCUGAAAAACAUCAACACGUCUUCCGCCCCCGAGUUUGGAUCAUCGUACGGCGUCACAACGAACACUCCCGAGGAUGUCCCCUUUUACGUGCGCUCCAUUGCGGAGCGGUAUCCAUACGGGAACGUACACAUGGGCCUGCGCUUCGGCCCCUUGAUCAUUGAGAAUGGCGUUGAAAACACCUACGGCGGCGUGCUCAUCACGACCCGCAGCCCGCCCCAGCUCCAAGUUCUUCGCGACCCAGCGUCCGAAGAAGACUACAGCUUGCUCAUUACGGGACGCGCGGAGCGGAAGCUAUACUUCCAACACCGUCCACGCACCACAAAGCGCUACAAGGCCGUCAUGAAGCAAAUUGCGGGUGGCGCGUUUUCCACUUUGCUCGAUGAAGCUGCCGAAAACGACAUCAUCGAGGCACUAAUACAGGAGAGCCGUGACCUCGUUGACGAAGGCAUCAGCGUCAGCGAAAAAGCAAUCUUGCUGGCCGAGAGCGUCGAGCGCCUUUUGCAACAGCUCAAGUCGUACCUGGAACCGAGGGUGACUGCGUACAUCUCCUCCAUCAUAUCGCGGCUGCUCGACCCCAAGGUGGACUUGAGAUGGAACUUCCAGACCAACAACUGUCAAGCCUUUUGCGACAACAUGAUCGAUAGAGACGUGUUUGGCUCUCUGUUUGCUCCGCACGAGGUCACAGGGGAAGAAGACGACCAAGCGACGACGCCAUUGUACCUCAUGAGCUUCGUCUGCCGGCCAGGGGCAUACGUCCAGCACAAGGCCAAGUCCAAGUUUGACGUUCCCAACGGACUCACAGAAGAGUAUCUUCUCAAGUUUCGCUAUGGAAGACACGACGAGUCCGACCUCAUCGACACGCUGGCCGAGUAUUGGUACGACUGGGGCAAUUUCGAAGGGCCCAUGUACCGCUACCAGGAUGUCUUCCCGUGGGACUGCACCGAGGCGUACUGCCGGUUUCCCGUCAAGUGCGGCGAGUGCAACAUCUCCAAACACGUGCUGGCUUUCCCGUUUGACUCGUGGUCCAUUAUCUCACUCCACCUAUUCCGUGGAAGGGAGUUGUAUCCGCGGGAUCCCCAAGGGCCGAACAUGGUCAGUGACGCGGCGCUCGAACCGGAGGCACAGACAGUCAACCAUCUGGCUCCCGGCCACAUGUCCGACAUGGCAUGGUUCCAAAACCGCAUGACGGUGCUUCUCGCCCAGGAUACGCUGCUCACGACGGCCGCCGCGAUGGCGCGCUGUGGCGCCUUCCGCGAGUCGACGCUCUGGCUACACAGUCAGGACGACGAGACACAGGACCGGCUCAAGCUUGGCGGCAUCCACCGCGCGCAGCCGUUCAGCCACCACUUCGAGCGCGGCGUGUACCACCAGUACUUUGUGGCUGAGUGGACGUCUCUCGCGCGGCCUUUGCGCCUGCGUGCCUACGAGACGCUGCGCGACUGGCGCGCGACGAGAGCAGACGUUGGGGCCAGGGACGCCGGCGACGACUCGAGCGGCGGGUGCGGCGGGUGCGGCUGGUUUGCCUGCGGGGCCACAUGA